AUGAUGCGGCCCAAAGAUCUGCGCCAGGGCUCUGGCACCAAGACCUUCCUGGACGCCAUGCACGGCGGUAAAGUCCACCUGGCACGCUUCAUCCUGGAUGCCCUGGACGGGCGCAUCAUCAACUCCAAGACCGAGAACAGCCGCACCCCGCUCAUGUACGCCGUCUGCCUGCAAGAAGUUGGGACCAGGACCAAGUUCACCCGGCUGCUGCUGGAGAAAGGGGCUAAUGUCAACUGUCAGGACGAGGACGGCCGCACAGCCCUGAGCCACGCCUGCGAGAUGGGUCACCUGGACGUGGUCAAACUCCUCGUGCAGUUCAACGCUGACCCCGAAGUCUCGGAUUCCUGGGGUAACAGUGCUCUCAUGUACGCCGCCUUCUCUGGACACAGUCAGGUUCUGGAGUUCCUGGUCCGGGCUUUCAAAAGACUGGGGCUGAGAUUGGACAGGACCAACAGCGCCGGUCACUCGGCCAUUGAGGUGGCCAACUUCUUCGGACACAACCAGUGCGUGCAGAUUUUGAACUUCCCGUGUAGGAAGGUGGGUAAGGAGGAUCCACCUGUGGAUGCGGGUGUUGACGGUGAGGGCAGCCUGCCCGGCCGGCUCCCCAGGCACGUUCUGGACAGGUUCUCCAAGCACCUGACUAAUGAAGUCCAACUGCCAGGCAUAUUCCAGAGACAGAUGAAAAUCGGAGACAACAACGGGCUGUGGAACCAUUACAGAUGCCCCAGGAGUCAGUCUCAAGAGGACAGCCAUGGCCAGAGCUGGGCUCUGCCUCCACAGCUGGAGAAAGCCCAGACUGAAGGGGAUCACAGCGUCCUCUUCACUGCCAAACAACUGCAAAACUGCCAGCUUCGAGAGCCGAGGGGAGCCAAAAUCCUGAACUCUCUUUCCGAUCCAAGCCAGAAGGAUGUCAGCCAAGACGCCAGGCUCCCAGUGCAAACUCCGGAGAGCUUCCCUCUCUGGGGGAAGGCAAAGUCUUUUAACCUGGACCUCCUGAGCAGCCGAAAGCAGUCCUACCAGGGCGAUGUGCGCGACAUGAGCCUUCCAGCCAGCAAAUUAAAGAGAGCUUCGCUACAGGACGAGAGAUGCCUGAUAGACAAGAUAGAAUGCCAAGGGAGCACCCGGGGUCUGACAAACAAUGGCAACAAAAUGAUCUCAGCUCUUAAGCCUGUUUUAACCAGCAAGGGUCAGCCUGUGAAAGUCCUCCAGGAGAACGUCAGAUCACCCAGUGAGGAGACCGGCGACGCGGCUUCAUCAGGCAGAAGGGAGCAGCACAAGAGAGGAAGCCUGGGCUCAAGUUCAAGACACGGCAAAGUACUUUUUCCCCGGGAAGAGGCGGAGGCAGAAAAGAUCCCCGGCCGCGCGCCCGGGUUCAUGGGCCUGGGGACCCGACUGCUGCGUCGAUUCACCGCCCCGGAGUUCAUGAGGAUGGUGAUAGACUGUUCGUCCGGCUCGUCCAAUGGAAGAGGUCGGAUGUCCCGCUCAGAGACCUUCCCCCUCUCACACACACACCAGCAGGUCAACAGUCAGCAGAGCGUCGACAGCAUCAGUGCUGUGAAGUGUGAGUUCGAGAGCUACUCGUCUCAGUCCACCCUCGAUUAG